CCUGACCCCGGAAGGACUCCACCUCCCACAGCCCGAGACUGCUCUGUGGGGGCUGCGGCUGGGAGGCGGACAAGGCGCAGGUGUGGGCACGCGGGAAAGAACCAGAGAACCGGGGUACAGAGAGAGAAGGGUCCUCAUUAUGUAUCUCUGUCUGGCCUAGAAUUCGCCAUGUAGAUCACACUGACCUCAAACUCAAGGAGAUCUGCCUGCCUCUCCCUCCCAAGAACUGGAAUCAAAGGCAUGAACCACUACCACACCUGGCAAGAAUUUAACUUUGCAUCUUUCAUGGAUAAAGCAACCAGAAAUCCCUAUGGCUGAUGAAUUUCUGUUUCGCUGAAUUAAGAUCAGACAAGGGAGUCAUGUGGGAAAAAACAGUCAGAGACUGGCAGUUCUCCUUGAAGAUGGCCGCUCUCAGAGCGUUGGACGGCCCUGUGUCCUGGUACUGUUCUCUCUCCCAGAUCAAAUUUUCACCAAUAGCUAAAAAGUUGUUUGUGGUAACUGCUGUGAGUGCUAUAUCUGUAAUUUUUUUUGCCCACCACUUUAAAAGAAGACGUGGAAAAAAGAAAGGAAAAACACUACCGUGGGAACCAGAGCACCUCCUACUUGAACACACUAAAAGAGCAGCAUCCGACAAAGGUUCCAGCUGUUCCAGUAGUAGACAGAACUUGACCUUGUCACUAAGUUCCACCAAGGACAAAGGCUCUCAGUCUUAUAACUACGCUAAUGGAGGACUUUUCAGCAAAUACUCAGGUUCUGCCCAGAGCUUAGCCUCUGUGCAGAGUGUUAACUCCUGUCACAGCUGUGCUUGUGGAAAUUCUAGUUCUUGGGACAAAGCAGAUGAGGAUGACAUCAAACUUGUUAACAUUCCUGUGACCACUCCCGAGAAUUUGUACCUGAUGGGUAUGGAAUUGUUUGAAGAGGCGUUGCGUCGAUGGGAACAGGCUCUGACCUUUCGCAGUAGACAGGCUCAAGAGGAAGCCUGCAGCUCUGUUAAGCUGGGAGCUGGAGAUGCCAUUGCUGAAGAAAGUGUAGACGAUAUAAUUAGUGCAGAAUUCAUCCAUAAGCUUGAAGCCCUGCUGCAAAGGGCCUAUCGUCUCCAGGAGGAAUUUGAAGCUACCCUUGGGGGAUCUGACCCUAACUCUCUUGCAAAUGAUACAGAUAAAGAUACAGAUGUGAGCGGGAAGGAGAAUAUGGAUGAAUUUGGCCUGCAAGACGCCUUGAAUGUUGAAUCAGCAGAUCUCUUUGCUUCAGCAGCAGAGCUCACGGACCACAGAGAGGUACGGCACAGCUACAGCCUGGACGCCUUCUGCCGCUGCCCUUUUUAUGAAGAAGCUAUGCAUCUAGUUGAAGAAGGAAAAAUUUACUCCAGAGUACUGAGAACUGAAAUGCUGGAGUGCCUGGGAGAUAGUGAUUUUCUUGCCAAACUUCACUGUAUUCGACAGGCUUUUCAGGUUGUUCUCUCAGAAGCAGCCAACAGGAUAUUCCUUGCUGAGAGUGGACGGAAGAUCUUGUCAGCUUUAAUCGUGAAAGCACGGAAGAAUCCAAAGAAAUUUGAAGAUGUUUUUGAUGAAAUGAUCUAUUUUUUAGAGCAAACUGAUCACUGGGAUAGUACUGAGAUGGAACUUGCUGCCAGAGGGGUGAAAAAUUUAAAUUUUUAUGAUGUGGUUCUGGACUUUAUUUUAAUGGACUCCUUUGAAGAUUUAGAGAACCCACCAACAUCCAUACAAAACGUAGUGAACAAUCGCUGGCUCAACUCUUCCUUCAAAGAAACAGCUGUGGCUUCAAGUUGCUGGUCAGUGCUGAAGCAGAAGAGGCAGCAGAUGACGAUCUCAGAUGGAUUUUUCGCCCAUUUUUAUGCCAUUUGUGAGCAUAUAAGUCCUGUCUUAGCCUGGGGCUUCCUGGGUCCUAGAAAUUCUCUGUAUGACUUAUGUUGCUUCUUUAAGAAUCAAGUUCUUUUCUUUCUCAAAGACAUCUUUGACUUUGAGAAGGUGCGCUACUCGAGCAUAGACACGUUGGCGGAGGACCUCAUGCAUUUACUCAUCCGCCGCACAGAGCUGCUAGUCGCCUGUCUUGGUGCGGAUGCCCUGAGGCCUGCCUCUACUUGUACUAGUGGACACUGCCAUGCUGUGCCCACUGCACUCUUAGAAGCCAAAGUACAAUAGUACCAGAAGAGGAUCGAGAGUGCUAGCCAAUACCUUCAAGAACUCCUGGGAGGUGUGCCUCAGAAUCCACAGAAUUGAUGGUGUGGACUCAGGGAGAGAGAAAGGAAGUCUCAAAGGUGGAUGACCAUACUGUAUUUAUGCAGAAAUGCUGUCAUUGAAUCCAUGUGUGAUAUGUCCAGAGUGACUUCUUAAUAAUCUUUAGGUAAUAAUUUAAGUUGUGAAAUGUUGCAUAUUUUGUGGCUGUUUUGUGAAUUGAAGCCAACACAUAGGAGUUUAUUAAUUGUCUUCACGCUAUUUGGAAUGUCCAGUAUCAUUCUCAGAAUAUGUCUCAAUGCUUUGCGCCUUCAAAAUACACUAACCCAAGAUGAUUGUGGUUCACGUGUGUAAGAAUUUAUAACUUCUAGUGUCAACAUUUAACUUUGCCUGAAAUGUAUUCUUAACCAUCAAGUUACUUCUUCAUUUACUCAAAGGUAGACAAUAGUGAUGUUCAACUGUACUGUUUGCCUUAUUGCUCCUACACUUGCUUUUGUGUUUGAAUCAAAGAAACUAACCAGUGAGGAUGGAGGGCAGAACCAGAUGUGGGAAACUGAGCAGUUUACGGUGUGCGCCUUGUGGAGUCAUCGCCUGUAGUCUGUGGAGUGUGUUACUGUUGUCCUGUUUAUAAUACGCUGAAGUAUUUUUAUCUUUUUAUAAAUUGGAACAGCUUCCCUCAGAUGAAUACUGAAUUUGAAAAUAUAAUUUAUUUACCAAGAAAAAUAAUUUUAAAAGUUAUCCUCUUUUAAAUGUAACUAAAACUGAUAGAAUCAAAUAACUUCUCCUUUGUCCACAAAACAGACAAUUCCCCCACAGAGAGCUCAGUACACUGGAAGUUUGCCAUGUUAUACCCAAAUUUUAAAAAUACUCAUACUAUUAGCUUGGGUUUUAAAGGAAUUUCCCUCUCAGAAAUAGAACACAUUUAAAUAUUUUAAAUGAUAUGGGAAUAUAUUUUAUGUCCUUAUGAUAAACAUAUGAACAAGUGGCAAAGUAUAUUAUAUAUUUUGAAAGCCUCAUUAAUUUUGUUUUAAGAUCAUGAACUACUUGUUUGUCAGUGGGUUGGAUUUCUUGAUUUGUGGUCCUAACGUGGGCUGCAUUAAUUUUAAGAGUGUGUUAUACAGAAAGAUCUAAAAUGUGUUUUUAAAAAUGCAUUUUUAGAUUAAAGUGCCUAGAUUAAGGUUAAUGAUGAGCAAAUAAAAAGUAAAAGUAAGUUUAAUUUUUUUAAGAUUUUAAAUUUAUAUAUACAUCAUAGUUAUGUAAAUUAAUUACAAGAUGUAAAAUUUAGACUUGUGCCAUUAGUGUGUAUAGGCUAUUAGGGCCUUAAGCCUGUUUUGAUUUAUAAUGCCUUGCCUUUUCCUCCGUCACUUUCUAAUUUCCUAACUACCCACCUGUGAGUCUUCCCGAUGGCCAGUAUCAAAGUGCAUUCCGCCCUGCUUCCCUUUAACUACACUAGUCGUGUCUGCCAUCUGAUGUCACUGGAUAUGAGUGACAGGCAAGGAGGUGCCUGUACAUUCUGGUUAUCCCAAGACAGUUAUGGAUUGUAUCAGUUUAUUCAUUGGAGAGCUAAAUAUUUUAUGCUGGGGUUUUAUAAGUGAACUUCUUUUUGGGGAAAAGUGCUGUUUGGAGUAGUUUUGAAGACUUGCACUGUGUGUAGCGAUGCUGCUGCUACAAAGAGAUGAUAGCCUUGGCGGGUGGCCUUUCCGAAAAGUGCUGGAUUUCUCCCUGCUUUUAAAUUUCAGUUAAAAAUAAGUAAAAUUGCCCAUCUUCAAGAAAGGGUUGGUUUGGCUGGGUGGUGGUGGUACACACCUUUAAUCCCAGCACUCAGGAGGCAG